GCACGGCCACCGCACCUCAGCCGCCGAGCUCGCACCCAACGCAUUAACUGAACCCGCCUUCAAUCCCCCCUCGCCCCAACGGCCCCCUCCCUCGCCGACUCCGACUGCGACUCCGCCGACUCAAUCCUCCCCCUAUAAAUCCCGCCCCCUUCCCCUAAUCCCACCACACCGCCGCUGCAUUGUGUUCCAACUUUCCAAAUCCCAAUCCAAUCGUUUGCUCGGCUCGACAAAUCCAUGGGGUCGCAGGCGAUCGAGGCGCACCGUGCGGGCGCGGAGGUGUACCACGGCGCGGCGCUCUGCGCGGAGAAGUCGACGGAGCUCCUGGCGGAGGUCCACCUCCCGCUGGGCCUGCUGCCCCUAGCGGAGAUGGAGGAGGUGGGCUACAACCGUACCACGGGCUUCGUGUGGCUGCGCCAGAAGAAGGCGCUCACGCACACCUUCAAGCAGAUCGGGCGCCAGGUCUCGUACGCCGCCGAGAUCACCGCCUUCGUCGAAGACCACCGGAUGAAGCGCCUGACGGGGGUCAAGACCAAGGAGCUCCUCAUCUGGGUCGCGCUCUCCGACAUGUUCUUGGAGAAGGAUGACCACUCCAAGAUCACCUUCAAGACGCCCACCGGGCUCGGGAGGACCUUCCCCGUCUCUGCCUUCGGCAAGGAGGAACCCGCCGCCAACGGCAAGGGCAAGGAGGCUUCAGCCGCCGCCGCCGCCAACGGCAAGGAGGCCGCAGCCGUCAACGGUAAGGCCAGCAAGUGAGGAGGCGACGUGGAGAGUUCUGCUUAACGACGUGCUUGCUACUAGUAAUUGCUAUACUGAUAAUGUUCUAAAUAAUGAUGAAGUUUGCACUACUACUACUUGCUUAAUUUGUGUGUUUUAUGAAACGGGAAUCAAUUGUGUGAAUCUUUUGAUUGUAUCACGGGGAGUAAAUGUUCACAUGCUCUCGAUUUUAACUGCAAAAUCUCCCCUUUCCAGA